AUGAAAGCCAAGGAAGGCGUCGUUGAACGCCUUAACAACAUACUCACCAUUGAGCUUACGGCCAUCAACCAGUAUUUCAUUCAUUCGGAAAUGGCGGACAACUGGGGUUUCCCGGGGGUCGGAAAGCUGUUCCGAACCAACAGCCUGUCGGAGAUGGAGGAUGCCCAGCACCUGAUCCGGCACAUCCUGUACCUCGAGGGGCUGCCCAACCUGCAGAGGCUGAACCAGGUGCAGGUCGGCGAGUCGAUCAAGGAGGACCUGGAGCUGAACCUGGAGGCUGAGAAAGGCGCGGUCGACACGCUGGCUGAGGCAAUCACCCACUGUGCGUCGGUGGGCGACUACACCACCCGCAGCAUCCUUGAGGGGAUGAUCCGCGAUGAGGAGGGUCACAUCGACACGCUGGAGACGCAGCUGGAGAUCAUCAGCACGAUCGGCAUCGACCUCUACCUCAACCAGCAGAUCCACGGCGCCGAAUAA